UUACACGCGAGGCGCGGGAGGAAACAUUCAGAUUGUUACCGAGAAUUAUAACAGAUAUAUUUGUUCCCCCGACUGCUCCUCGGUAGCUGAAUCUCACGACUUCACACUCAGAUGUUUUGGAAACGACGGAGAGACGAGGAUGAUGUUGAUCGCCUUAACCGUAUCUGGACCCUGCUUAUCUUAGUGGUGGUUGGGAUAGCCGCCAUUGUCUACAUCGCCGUCUUCCCAGAUUCCGCCAUCACCUGUCUACCAGCAGAUGAACAGACAAAAGCCGGCACCUUACACUAUGCUCUCAAAUACUGCCUUGAUGAAGGAUCAUUCAACACACAGUAUUAUGACGAAAACACAUUCUCCUACCACACGUUCGUGCCACUGUUUAUGUUCUACCAGGCCUUCGCCUUCAUUGCACCCCAUCUCCUGGCGCAGUUCCUCAAGAGACUCCUCGGAUCAGACUCGGAGUUCCUGUUCCUUUGUGCAGAGAACUGCAAACCCGACACCAGCUCAGACGCGACGUUUAUGUCCCGAGUGGCAUCCCCACCAGCACCCAGCAUCAAGAACACCGUAAUAUUCAUGUUAAAGAAAGCUCUGUAUCUUCUCAACUCCUUCAUCCAAUUAGUAAUAAUCGCAAUGCUUUUUUCACCGGAUAAACCUUUCAAUACAAUCAGGGACAGAUACUCCAAAGGUACAUCGGAGACUCCUUUUCCACGAUAUGCAAAGUGUCGAUUUGAUAUUCAAGGCGAAAGCACCCAACAUUAUCAGUGUGCCCUUCACAUUAAUGCCUUAUACCUCAAGGUGUACAUGUUCCUCUUCUAUUGGCUUCUGAUCCUGGCCGUGGCAAACCUGGUAAGUCUUAUCGUGUGGGUUCUAUUGCUCCAUGUUCCCCGGCUGACCGCAGGGAAGAUCAAGCUGUACACUCUGACCUCCGGAGUCAAUGAUUCCUAUUCACCGGAGAAGCAGCAAGCGUUUGUACAGGAGUAUCUGGGGAAGGACUACCUGUUGAACAUCCUCCUGGCACAGUCCACAGACAGAGAACCCGUGGCUGCAGAUCUGACCAUGAAACUGUGGCAAUCCUACAAGCAAACUCCCUCACCUGAAGUGGAGACGAGUCAGAUGUAGUCUUCCACGGAUACGUAUGAAGCGGGCCGCUUAUUGCAAUGUGGUUUGGAUGUAAACGCAUACAUCACAUGUUUAGAUCUAAACAUGUUUACGAAUGUGUUUAAACGUCUGUAUCUGAACACGUUCAGGUCUAAACACAUGAAAUGAGCUAUCGUCUCACAGCUUAAACACAACAUUCCCAUAGUAUUAACAAGUUUUUUACCUCUGCAGAUGUCUAAAAAUAAAUGUUAAAAACACGUUAAAAUCUUGUUAUAAAAUCUAUAAAAAGUUAUAGGGUUAUGAGAGUUAUGUACGGUAUUCUUACUUGCAAACCGUAGCCUACAAUACAGAUAUAGGAUAUUCUAAUUGGCUUUAAGGUGUUUUUUAUCAGCUUACCACCACCUACAAUACACAUGUACAUUAUUCUAAAUGGCUAAUCAAGGCCUACAAAAUAGAGAGGGGCACGGGUGGCCCAAUCGUCUAAGGCGUCGCGAUUCGUCUAAGGAGUUGCGUCCCUUGGGCACGCAAGAAACCUAUGAUUGUGGGUUCGAAUCCCGGUUCUAGGUUUGUCAGCACCAUACCCGUGCUCUAGGGUUUCACCGAAGUGGUAAACGUCUGAGACCUGCAUCACUUCGGGCUUUCCUCCCACAUUACGCUGACACGUAAAACCCAACUCACCUCUUACUCACAAAACAGAUAUACGGUAUUCUCAUUGGCUACCCAUGACCUAUAAAACAGAUACGGCAUUCUAAUUAGACAUCCGUAAAUUAAUAAAUAAUGAGCUGCAAGGAGUUCUCUUCAAGGCGUCCACAUUGACAUUGAGGGACUGUUGCGCUAAUAAUUUUCUCAAAAUAGGUGUGACUGAAACUGUCCAUAUAUAUGAUCCUCUAAAUAGGCAUGACUGAAACUGUCCAUAUAUAUGCUCCUCUAAAUAGGCAAGACUGAAACUGUCCAUAUGUAUGAUCCUCUUAAUAGGCAUGACUGAAACUGUCCAGAUAUAUGCUCCUCUAAAUAGGCAUGACUGAAACUGUCCAUAUAUAUGCUCCUCUAAAUAGGAAAUAUUGGACCAGUCUCUGCGUGUGCCAGAAGCUACUGCCCUUGAAAAUGCGCGCACUCGUAACGUAUUUUGUUGUUAAGCUGAGCGGUAUUGGUAUGGUACUUUUCCAUCAAUUAAUUAAUUAAACAUUGCUGAUGCGGCGUUAAACGCUAUUCACUCAUUCACUAACCGAGGAUCAAUGGUGUUGAUGGUGUUCUAUUCCAGUACAUCAAUGAAGUCUGUUUUUAUACCUCCACGUUUUGAUGUCUUUUUAUACUCUAAAUAAAAGACACAUAUAUACUGUC